AGAAACCCUGGUAUGAAGUAAUUGGUUUGUUAAGAACCAUAGGAGGUCAAUCUACUCUUAAAUAUAAUAAUCAGCAGAAGGGCAAAGAAGUUCCUCCUUUGAAUAAGGACAAUGUUGGAGAAGGACUCAGGGGCUGAUAGGCUUGAUUGCGUGUUCCCUUCUAAACAUGAUAAGGACUCUGUUGAAGAAGUUUCAAGUUUAUCAUCUGAGAAUACUAGGACAUCAAAUGAUUGCUCCAGAAGUAACAAUGUCGACUCCAUUAGCAGUGAAGUUUAUCCCAAUGACCUCACUCUGGAUGACAAGAAUGCUGCAGUUAGGGAAAACUUGCAUAGCUAUCCUCUUGGUCCCAUUUCUCAGGCAGAUGAUGAUCUCGGUUUUUUUGAUAGUAAUCAUGAGGAUAAAAACACUACCGAGCUCUUAUAUUAUAACUUGCCUGAGAUGGAAAAUUUUGAGGAUCUUGACAGGAUGUUCAGAAGUUGUGAUUCAACGUUUGGACUUGGAGCUAGUAUUGAAGAUGACCUUGGUUGGUUUUCGUCAUCUGAUGUUAUUGAAGGAUCUGGAGGUGGAUUGAGGUCAGAUUGUGAGUUUCCCUUCUCAACAUCCAGUGCACUUGAAAAUAUCUCUGGAAUGCAGGAAGCUUCCAGGCCAAAGGAAACAGACAGUUCAAUUAAUGAUUCUGGCGCUAAAGAUCAACCCUUUAGUCAGACUGGCAGUUCAAUGCCAUCAGAGGAUGAAUCAGCCGUUCCGAGUCAUCUAUCUUUUGCAAAUGGCUCAAGUGAUUCAGAUUUCAAGAUAGUGCCCAAAAAGAAGAUUAAUCUUCACCAAAUUAACUCUAAGCUCCAGAAUCGAUCUGAGGGAAAAAGAAAACAUGUUUACCUGGAAAAUGGGGAGACAUUCAACUAUAUUGAUAGCCUUCCAGAAGAGAGAAGGCAUCCUACUGCAAUCACUGGAUCUCAGGCUUUCACAUCCACAGGUAUUCAGCAGCACAAGCAAGUUGAUGGAUCUGAUUUUGGGUAUUUUCAGGAUGGCUUUUCUUACUUAUCUUCAGAUUACAGUCAUUCAGAUCAGACUACGGUUUGUCCAACCCUAUCCACAAUUAAAUCUAAAAAAACCAGUCUCGUGCCUCUUUCUGCUAAGGACUCCUGUGCGACAAAUCAGAUGCAGUUGAUGGAAAGCUUACCUGAUCCUUCUUUUCAGGUGGAUGGUAUAGGAACAAAUGAAAAUAUGGUGGACAAGCUACUUCACCAUUCUGUAAUUAAGCAUGAAAACAACAGGGAUCUUGGAAGUGUCAGCACGGGAAUUCCAGCAGAAGUAGGUUCCUCUAUUGUAAAGGAGAGCUCUUGCACAAGCUCCGGGUUGAAUGAAAUUUCUGAGGAGGCAGAUAGUUUUCAUCAGCUUCAACAUGUCAUGGAACGGUUGGAUAUAAGAACAAAGCUACGCAUAAAGGAUAGCUUGUAUCGGUUGGCUCAGAGUGCUGAACAAAGGCUUAGACAUGCUAAUCUCAAUAAUGGAUCUGGUGAUGAAAGAUGCACAAGCGGAGCAUUUGUUGACGAUGGAGAGUACAGGUGCACAGGAUAUUUGGACAUGGAGACAGACACAAACUCUAUAGAUCGAUCUAUUGCUCAUUUGCUCUUCCACAGGCCUUCAAACUCAUCUGCGAUAGCUGAUUCUUUGGUUUUGAAGUCACCUUCCAUGGUAGGUGUUUCUGCAUAUGCUUCCAAAUUUCAUGUUCAACAAUCUCUAUCUCAAACAUACCCUGCAACUUGUCAAUGAACAGAUUUUCGAGACUUUACUCAGCCCACCAGUGAUUGAUGAGAACUUGAUUUCUGCUGGAGAAAAUGCAGCCAAACCAGAUAAAGGCAUGAAAUAUUAAAGAGGCCUCGAUACAAAUGGGUUGUGUUUACUUUCAAUUUAUGUCGCUUGGACUCGCCUACAUGUAUGUGUAUGUAAGUAUCUGCUACGGAUACUUAUAUAGUUUUUGUUGUUUAGUGUAAUUCGAAGAAUCAGCACAAAGUAUGAGAAUGAGGGUCUAUGUCAAAUAGCUUCCAAUUACUCGUGUGUUUGUGUAUGAGAAUUAACAAGAAUCUCAAAUGAGAAAUUAUUUCAUGUUUGUAACACGCUCGUGUGUUUCAUGAUUUUGAUGUUUUA